AUGGAAUCAGAAAAGAAACGUAAAAAUAUUGAUGAUCAAACAGAUAUUAGUUCGAAGUUAAUAAAACUAGAUAACCCAUCACCUGAAACUCAAACAGUAUUACUUCCUCUACCAACUAUUGUUCAUUUGCGUCGCUUAAAAGGAAAAAUUGUACAAGAUUGUGAUAUAUAUAUUGGUCGUGCUUGUAAUAUGGGUGGUUGGCAAUUAAAACAAAGUAAAUGGCAUAAUCCUUAUUCAGUUAAACAAUAUGGACGAGACGGUGCUAUAGAUCGAUAUAGAAAAUAUAUUGAAUCUAAUGAAAAUAAUUUACUCAAUGAUCUUCAUGAACUUAGUGGUAAAAAAUUAGGAUGUUGGUGUAAACCUAGUCCAUGUCAUGGAGAUGUUCUUCGAGAACUUUUCAAACGAGAAGUUCAACAAUCAUCUAAAACUUUGAAUAAUUGA